CAGAGGGGAGGCGCGCAGCCUGGAACUGCUCGCUUGACUGGCCGAAGGAGCAGCAAUCUCGGCGGCUCGGGUGCUGCGCCGUCCCAGCCGGGUGGCAAAGAGGAUGCGGAGUCCCGCGGCCGCCCACAGCGCCGCAGCGCCCGGCUCCGCAGCUGAAGCGCCCCGGCCACGCGGACCAGGUGGCUGCGCCGGGUUCCGCUAGGGACAGGCAGGGAUGAGUAGCUCUGUCAAAGAUGCACUGGACACCAGAGCAUGCCCAGCCCCUGAAUCAGUGGCCAGAGCAGCACCUUGAUGUCUCCUCCACCACCUCCUCACCUGCCCACAAAUCUGAUCUCUACCACAGCAGUCGGCAGCGCUUCAACUAUGCCUGGGCCAAUGAUGACAUCUCUGCUCUGACUGCUUCCAACCUGCUGAAGAGGUAUGCGGAGAAGUACUCAGGAGUCCUCGACUCCCCUUACGACCGGCCAUCAGCACUCAACACCUAUGGGGAUGGUGCCUUCGGACCCCUCAAUGGACAGAAGGGGGAGAUGGAGCCUUGGUCAAUGGCCCACAGCGCCGAAGGAGUUUACCCUCUGACCCCAAUGCAUGAUGGACUGUCCAGCUCCAAGGGGAUUGUCCCUCCUCCUGUCACACCGGGUAACAGUCUUGGUACAUCCCCCGUGGUUUCCACUAACCUGUCUGACUCAAUUUAUCCCAGUAACACUUGUGGGGGACCCACCACAUCUGGCAGCCUCGGGGCAUCUCAGGAGUAUCCGUCGGGCUACAGUGGAGCCUACCUGCCCUCAGGCUAUUGCAGCCAGCCCACUUCAGCACUUCCCCCUCCGCACCCAUCCACCCACCUGCAUAGCUCUGGCCUCUUGCAGCCUAGCCAUCCUUCCACCACCCUUGUCCCUGGAUAUACUUCUUCAGGACCCAUGUACAAUUACGCUUCAGGGAGCUACCCAGCCCAGCCCAGUUAUGGUGCCAUCCACCCUCCCCAUCCUUCAGCUUCAUAUUUACCCACAGGCAUUGCUGCCCCCACACCCAUCCCUCCUUCCUCUCGCCCUCCUGUGGUCCCUGGUUACAGCUACCAGAGUCCUCUCUCUGUAGCACCCUUGAGUGGUGAAUCAGGGAGCUCUUUGAAAAGAAAGGCCUUUGAUAUCGCUGGCGGGGAGGACGAUGGCGAAGGCAGGUAUCGCAAAUACAGCUAUGAGCAACCAAAGUCCCCAUAUCAGAUGUCCGACAAUGGUGAAUGUAGAGGGAAUGGAUUCAGCCGGAGCUCAGAGGUGCCUUUCAAAGGUGGGAAAAGGCCAAGUGGAGCAGGAGUGGUGGCAACCACAGUGGCUUCCGAGGAGCCCAUUGGAAAGUUCAACAACCAGGCUAUGAAAGGAAUGGUCUCUCCAGCUUACAGUGUUAGUGAAGCCCCACUGAGGGCUAGUGAGAGCUUUGAGAAAUUCACUCCUCCAGCUGCCAAUGGGGAGCAUGAGGGGGACUCCUUUGCUCUAAGGAUGCAGCCCAAAACGUCAGCAUUCAGUGGUGACAAUAGCAGCCAGCCAGUAGAAGAACAGCUGAAAACCAUGGACCCUUUCAUUCUGGAAUUGGUGAACAACAAAGUAAUUGACUGUGGCCCUCCAGUCCAGUGGACGGACAUUGCAGGACAAGUCUCUGUCAAAGCUGCCAUUGAAGAAGAGCUUGUAUGGCCCAUCCUGAGGCCUGGCGCAUAUACUGGUGCAAGCCAACCACCUAGAACCAUCCUGCUUUUUGGGCCUCGUGGUGUAGGGAAGACCCUGCUGAGCAGGUGCAUUUCUACCCAGCUGGGAUCUACCCUGUUGAAGCUCAGUGGGACAGCCUUAGUCUCCAAAUGGAAGGCUGAGGCUGAGAAAAUCCUACAGACCACCUUCUUUAUAUCCAACUGUAGGCAGCCUGCUGUUAUUCUCCUCACCGACUUGGAAUCUGUCCUAGAAGACGCUGCCAUCUUGAAGUCCCAGUUGCUCACCUACCUGGACAAGCUUGCUACCUCAGCUGAGCAGAAUGUGGUUGUCAUAGCAACUACCACCAGGCCUGGUACUCUGGAUGAAGCCACCCAAAGAAGGUUUGCCAAACGAUUUUACAUCUCCCCGCCAGACAGCAUUGCAAGGCGGCAGAUUCUGCACCAUGCUUUAGCUCAGCAAAACUACUGUCUCAGUGAGAGGGAGAUGGCCUCCAUUGUCCAACUUACUGAAAGCUACUCGGGCAGUGAGCUCCUCCAGCUCUGUCAGCAGGCAGGGACCAACAAACUGCAUAGCCUGCCUGGCCAAAUCCAACCCACCUCCUACAAAGAUUUCGAAAGUGUUUUCUGCAAGAUCCACCCUGCUGUCUCUCAGAAGGAGUUGGACCUGUAUGUGGAAUGGGAUAAAAUGUAUGGGUCUCACAAUUAGUGUGGAAGCGCCUGUUCUUCUUUCCAAAUAAUGUUUAAUCUUUUUGAGAGGAAGCUACUGGAAACAUUGAAUUCUCUGUUUGCUCUUAAAGGUCUUGGGGCGCUGUGGGUUCCAGUUUCUGAGAGUCUCAUAUCUCCUUCCCUAUGAAAACAUGGGAAAGGGUGAGAAGUAGUUUUCAUCUCUUUAAAAGCAAAAAGCCACACCAAUUGGAUGCAAGUCCUCCCCUAGACUGACAUGCAGCUUGUUUCUUUAAAAAUGACUGAAAGUUUAUGUGGUGGUUGUCAGAUCUCUAUGUUAAUGAAAAGUAGUUGCUCAAUGAACUCAGGAUAACCUAUUUAUUAUUGAUCUGUUUUUCUAAUCAACCCUUUCCAGACAGCAUUGUAAAAUAUUCUGCCAGGUAUUACCCCGUUUCCAGCUCCUUUUUAGUGCUGCACACCUCAAACACUUCUGUCUGACUCUUCACAUUUCUGUUGCAGCCUCUCUCUAUCUUUUUACCCUGGAGAAACUCUUGAAAUAAUGUUCAGGUCUCAGGGAAGCCCUGCAUAAAAAUAGCCAAAAAAGAAGAAGAUACAAAUACCUCACAAUUCAAUUCACUUCUAACCUACACCAUCCACAUUUUAUAAUAUUUACAACAGCAAAAUGGCAGGCUGGCAGCAACAUCGUGGUGUAUAAAAAUUCCCACCACUAUCAAUGCUGGUGUUGCCUGGCUUGCAAAGUUCCCAAAAAACAAAUUUUUUUUCCAAGCAUGAUGUCUGGCAGAAUCCCAUGAUUUUGUCAAACUCUAAUUAGGGAAGGUUGUCCUAUAGGUAACAACCUAUGGGUCAUUCACUUAUUAUUUCUCAACAGACUCAUUUUUCAGAGGCAUAUCUUACCAUAAAGCAGAUGGCAUCAAUAUGUUUUGAGAGAAGGGGGUUGGGAUAUUUUAAAAAUGUAGAUUGUUGAAUAAGCUAGGCUCUUUUUUAUUUUUCUAAUGUAUGUAGUAGUGGUUUUUUCCCUUUUUUUAACUACUCAGGAAAAAUAAUUUACCUCAAAAAAUAAAGAAUGUUUGCAUUUUUUUUAACUCAAGGAAAAUAAAAAUGAUUUGGAGGGAUUACAAAUGUGCUUUAUAAGGUGCACAAGAGAAAAAAAAGCAAGAAUAAACUUGAAGUUGUUACAAAGGUGAAAGUUGAAUGUAUUUCAGGGGUGUUUCACAAUAUAUAAUGCCAUAACUUACUUUCUUUUUGUUUAAAGAAAGCAUUUUUGCCAUAGCAUUUAGGUGGAGUAAUGUGUCUUCAAAGAAUAAGAAGUAUUAGUAUUGUAGUUUCAAAGCCAUGGCUAGUACCACUUUUUAAAGGAAUCUUUUUAUCACAUUUCCAAAUUCCAAAUGGCCAAGUCAUGUUUCCUUUUCCUAUGCUUUUCAUAGGACCUCAUAUAGUAAGAUUUCCAUAAUAAAAGAAAAUGUCCAUUUGAGAUUCCCAAAAUAUUUUGAGGCAAAGCAAAACAAAACAUGGACCUGUGGUCCCUGUCAAAUUAUCCCAAGGGCCAUGGCACAGUCUCUAACUUGGUUGCCCUCAAAUUCCUGGUUGAAUCUUCCAGAAUUCUCCAGCUAACAUGGGCAUUUCUGAGAAUUCUAGGAGCCAGACUGGGGAAACCUGGCCUAUAGGAUUCAAUGAGUGUCUGCAUGUGGAGAAGGAAGUUAGUAGAUGAAUAAUGGUGCCCUUUUAGGUUCUUCGUUCAAGAUUGAGAAGCUUCUACUAAAUCUAAUCCUCUGAUCCAGGGGUCUUCAAACUUGGCCCUUUUAUGACUUGUGGACUUCAACUCCCAGAAUUCCUCAGCCAGGCAUGCUGGCUGAGGAAUUCUGGGAGCUGAAGUCCACAGGUCAUAAAAGGGCCAAGUUUGAAGACCCCUGCUCUGAUCCAUCCCAGAGCAGGGGGAAGGUACGUCAACUAUGGAGCUAGAACAUUUAUUUCCAACCAUCCCUGCACAAUUUGUUUUUUUCUGCCUCUUGCAUUUUUGCCCCCUGACCUGGGAGUCACAAUUUAAGAGGUAAUCUAUGUAGGUUUAUACUCUGUACUGUUCCAUUUAUAGGUUUGUGUGUAAGUAAAUGGAGGGCAUGUCUUGUAAAUGUUUCUGUAAGUGAAUAAUGUUACCCUCUGUGUAAGCAUAUAAGAAAUCCUGCCUUUAUGAAAAUACAGUUGAAAAUGGAAUCAUGUGACUUAGGAGAGACUUGUACCUUCUCAAGCAGGAGAUACAUGGCAGGAGACUCUCAUGUGCCUACUUUGCAUUGUCAUUUUGUUGUUAUUGUUGUUACAGUAUGUUGCCAUACUGAAUAAUUCUAAUAGAGUGGUGUGUUUCUCAACUUCAGCAGCUCUAGGAUGUGUAGACUUCAACUUCCAGAAUUCCCCAGCAAGCAUGCAAUUAAAGGUGCUUGAGGUUGAGAAACACUGAGAUAGAACCUGCUAGUUUAAUAUGUAUAUCCCAGAUUGAGUAUAAUAUGAGGCCUCAAUGUAUACACCUGCAGAGUUAAGUCAUCUUUUGUCCCCAUCUCCCCUCAAAAUCCUUCAAACCCCAAAGUUAGUUUUGGAGAAGAAACUGACAAUUCUUGCAUCUAAAUAUUCCCAUUUUGUAAAAGUUUACAAAAAACACUUCUUGGAAUAUGGAGAGAAAUUGAUCAAAGGUAAAUCUCCAAAUAUUAAAAUUACUAUAGUAGAUAGGAACCAUCUGACUAUAUGGGAAAAUAAGUUAUUAAAAAGUUUAUAAAGAAUUUCAUUUGUAUAUUCAUAGUGCAGUAAGUCAAACCUAAGUUCCCUAUUGAGGAGUAGGCUGGAUUUUAAUGGCACCCAGACUCUUUCUACAAUCCCUGGAAUUCUGCCUUCCCCUCAAAACUGCCUUGCCAAAAUGCGAUAGCAAACCAAUAAUGUGUUUUCCUUUUCCACAAAUAGAGAGUAAAAAUACAAUAGAGUUGUUAAAUUCCAUCAGAUAGAAGACACCUGUUUAGGUGGAAGCUUCUCAGGUGAGAUAUACUUCUUUUGCCAAAGUACUGGUUUAUAAACCACAAUGCCUUAGAGCAGUACCAAACAUUAUGGCUUAGUGCAAAUUCUGAUGCCAGCAGGAGUCUUGUUUGGGAUACAUCAAUAUCUACUCUAUUUCAAAUAUAGCUAAAUCUGGAUCCAACCCAAAUCCAUGUGGACAGAACCAGAGAAAUGUAAUUGGCUUAAGAACUAUUAGGGGAUGAGUGACAUCUUUAAAUAGGUACUUUAGAGAUACUUCCAUAUUCUACAGUUAUAAGGAUAUCUCAAUAAGGUCAAUAUAAUUUGCAUGUAAAGCACAGCAUUAAAGUAGGAGACAGAACAAGCACUCGCAUUUGCAUUUAGCACUCAAUGACAGGCUCCCUUGCAAUGUCUUACUGGUGACUUCACACCUCUUCCUUCUUCUUCUUCUUGUGCCAUAUCCUUUAUCGGACGUUGGCGAUCAUGUUGGCGAUCCUGUUUUUAUCAGCAGCUUCACGAAAAAGUGCUGCUGAGUUUUGUCCAAACCAGUCCCUUAGAUUCUGAAACAUCUUAUUACUGUAAAUUAAUUAGCCAAAGUAAAUAAUAAUCCCAUAUGGUUUAGAACAGGUGGGGAACUAUGGCCUUUUUAUGACUUAAGGACUUCAACUCCCAGAAUUCUAGAAAUUGGUCAUAGUUCCUCAGCCCUGUUUUAGAAGAAGCCAGAAAUUCCGCUUAACAUCUCUAAAGAUCAUCUCUUCUUUAAUCAAGAGAUGGACUUCUUUGCAAGUCUAGUUAUCAGAUUAGGAAUUUAAAUUAUAUAAGGGAUCUGGAUUUUAUUAGCUGCUUAAGGAUCACAGUUGAGAUGAUCCAGAGACAAAACCAAAGCAAAGAUUAACUACUUGAUUCCAUUUAGGAUUUUUUCCCUGUACCAAAUGAAAACAAACAUUGCUGAGUUAAAAAGCUGGCUGAAAGUUGUAAACCCUACAGUUGUGGCUUAAGCAGUCAAUUGUCAUUUAUGUUUCUGUUAAACCAAAGCACUUAAUAUCAGAAAAACAGAGCUGAUUCAGAAGACUCCCAGUUCAGAUGUGGAUUUAAUGGGUGUCUUUGGAUAAGUCACAAUCUUCCAACCUCAUUUUUCCCAUUUUGUAAUGGAGACCUGUCUCUCUCAGACUUUAAGAGGAUUUCAUUAGGCACUUUGCAUACAAUAAAUACUAUAUUGAAAAAAAGACCAACCUCUUCAUCCAUCGAUCACUGAAUGGACCACUCAAUAAAAGUCCUCUCUAAAUGUUGAUUUAAGAGCUGAUGCUCACGCUUCCAUCUAGGUCAGCCCUUGAUGCUAUAUAAUUGGACAGUGUAAUCAUCUGCUUGGAAAAUAUUGCAUUUGGGAGAAUUUGCAUAACAGAAAAGUAAGGGUUAAACUUCCAGUCUUCCCAUUUGUUUUUGUUUUUUUUCUUUCCAGCUUUUAGCCCCUUGGCUCCUUACUGUGAAAACCAAAAAUGUGGAGAAGAAAGAGGAUCACAGAAGUGAUCCUUGAUCCUUUUAUUAGGUGAAGACCUUUCAUUAGGUUUAUGUGUAUUAAUAGUCUAUCAUACAGUUAUUUAGUUUGCAAAUCUGAAACUAAAACCCACAAAGAGAUAAAUUGUAUGAUAAAUUUAGGACAAUCAAACCCAUGGCACCCAUUCUGGUUAAAUUUGAUAUUUUAACAAAUAUCUUUACUGCUACUAUGGGUCUUGUUGAUUCAUAGCCAUCUUUUGCCCUAAGAUCUCUUAACUCCUAAUAAUAAAUGAAAAAAAAAAUCAAUUACCAUCAAUGUUAAAACCUGCUGUAGGUUAAAUAGUAAUGGGAGAUGGUUGAUUUUCUUAGUAAGAAAAUUCAGUUUGAUCAGUUAGCACUUUAUUUUGGAAUUAAUGGAACAUUAUUCUGAUCGAGGUUUAUUUUUUUCUUAUAUUUAUAUUUUCCUGCCGUUAUUAUUGCUUUGUGAAAACCUCUCUCUCUUUUGUAUAUUCCAUCUCUUUUUUAUUCAUUAUAAUGUCUGUUGAUUUUUCCUUUCUAAUUCACAUGCCCUUAUUUUUUGUUGUAUUCUCAAGAUCACCUGGCAAUUUAUAAGUCAUUGUGAGCCUAGUGAUUGAUAAACAUUUGUAGGGAAUUUUCUGAUUUUUUUUUCUCACUGAGGAAGCAACCUGAAAUGUUGUUUUUCCCCAAAUCAGAGGUCAGCUGCACAUUCACUUAACAGUCAUUUUUCCUGAACAUUUUUUUAAAUGAAGGAUGGGAAGAACAAAUAAGGGAAGCUGUUCUUCCUUCUGUCUGUCCCAGCUAGACCCUAGAAUUACUUCCACAAGCUGAAUCAUAUGACUGGAAUGGGGGGGGGGGGAACUGCCAGAAAACUAGAGGAAAUAGCUGGAAUGGAAGGUUUCCAGGGAAUAAUAAACUGGAAGAAGAGUUAAGUACUUCUGUAGUUUUCUGCAGUCCUCAAAUAGUGCUCAACUUACAACCAGUCAUUUAGCGACUAUUCAAAAUUACGAUCACACUUAUAACCAGUGGUGGGAUUCAAAUAUGUGAACAACUGGUUCUCUGUGUGGAAGCCGCUUC